UUUUCCCUCCAGCGCUGACGGGCAGAAUGGCCGGCAGGAAGACGGCGUGUUGCGGUCUUUCUGCUCUGGAGGUCACGCUGGGCGUCCUGUUCAUCAUCAUGACGGCUGUGAGCGUGACGCUGAUCGCACUGAUGGCUACCUGGAAAACAGAAACAGAUCCAGUCACUCCAGAACCUCAGCACAAACCGUACCUGAUCGGAGUGGGCCGAGCCGACUGCACAGGGCCUCCAGCCGAUAUCCCUCUGAUGGGUUAUGCAAAGCCUCAGCAGACAGCUGCAGGCAUACACACUCGCCUGUACAGCCGAGCCUUCAUCAUCGACGACGGGAGGCGGAGAGUCGUGUUCGUCACUGCAGACGUAGGGAUGAUAUCACAGAGGCUACGCCUGGAGGUUCUGCAAGCGCUGAAAGUGAAAUACGGGGAUCUGUACCGUCAGGAUAAUGUGGUCCUGAGUGGGACUCACACUCACUGUGGACUGGCCGGAUACUUCCAGUACACGCUGUUUAUGAUCAGCAGUAAAGGUUACAUGAAGGCGUCCAUCGAGCCGCUGGUCAAUGGCAUUGUCAAGAGUAUAGACAUAGCCCACAGUAACAUGAGGCCAGGCAGGAUUUACAGGAGCCAAGGAGAGCUGGACGACAGCAGCAUCAACAGAAGUCCUCACUCCUACCUGAACAACCCAGAGGAAGAGAGACACAGGUAUAAGUGGAACACAGAUAAACAGGUGUUGGUGUUGAAGUUCACAGACCUGGACGGAGACGGUAUCGGUAUGCUGAGCUGGUUCGCUGUUCAUGCCGUCAGCAUGAACUACACCAACCAAAUGGUGAGCAGCGACAACAUGGGCUACGCCUCCUACCUGAUGGAGCAGGACAAAAACCCUGGAGAGCUACCUGGAAAGGGAGGCUUUGUUGCUGGUUUCUCUUCAAGUAACCUCGGCGAUGUGAGUCCGAACACCAGAGGACCUCACUGUAUGAACACCGGACUACCCCGGGCCUACCUCAACCGCUCCUGCCCUGUAGGAGGGACUAUGAUGUGUAAAGCGUUUGGACCUUCGGACGACAUGUUCGACAGCACGAAGAUCAUCGGACACAAAAUCUACAGUAAGGCCAAGGAGCUGUAUGCUAACACAGUUGAAGAGGUGACUGGCUUCCUUCACUCAGCCCAUCAGUGGGUCAACAUGACGAAUGUUACAGUUCAGAUCGACGACACACAUACGGUCAGCACAUGUAAACCAGCUCUGGGUCACAGUUUUGCAGCAGGAACAACAGAUGGAGGAGGAGACCUCAACUUCACUCAAGGCGCUGUGGAGGGCGACCCAUUCUGGGACGGGAUCAGAGACGCUCUCCUGGGUGAGCCAUCCAAUCAGACACAGGAGUGUCAUCAUCCCAAACCAAUCCUGUUCAACACGGGAGAGAUGAACUGGCCUCUACCGUGGCAUCCUCAGAUCAUCGAUGUUCAGAUCAUCACCAUCGGCUCUGUGGCUGUUGUAGCUGUUCCUGGAGAGAUGACCACCAUGUCGGGGAGGAGGUUAAGAGAAGCUGUCAAACAGGAGCUCGAAUCAGAGGGGGCAUUCAGGGAUUCGGUGGUGGUGAUCGCAGGCCUGAGUAACGUGUACACUCACUAUAUCACCACCUUUGAAGAGUACCAGGUGCAGCGGUAUGAAGGAGCCUCCACCAUCUACGGUCCACACACGCUCAGUGCCUACCUGCUCAAAUACCGAGACCUCGCCAGAGCCAUCGCACAGGACAGAGUGUCAGAUCUGCCGGGAGGACCACAGCCUCCCUUCUUUGAGAAGAAUCUCUUUAAUCUGCUGCCUGAUGCACCUGUUGAUAAAAAACCAGAGAACAGCAGCUUCGGAGACGUCUUGCAGCAGGUCUACCCCGUCUACAGACAGGGUGAUGUGGUCUCUGUCACGUUUGUAGCAGGGAACCCCAGACAUUCUGGAGACAUUAGAGAUAAAACUUUUGUUACAGUGGAGAUUUAUGACAACCGAACAAACACCUGGGAGGUUGUCCAUACUGAUGCAUCAUGGGAGACCAGGUUUCACUGGCUAAAGGGUUCGAAUCAGCAGAGCAACUCUACCAUCGAGUGGCACAUUCCCCCGUCGGCCCCCAGCGGCUCCUACAGGAUCAAACACUUCGGACACUACAAACAGUGGAAAGGCCUUCGACCCGUCAUCACGCCAUACGAAGGCACGUCAGACAUCUUCAGAGUCGCCGCCAGCUUUUACUAUCAGUGAGAUUCCUGCAAGGUCCCAGCUCCUGAACAUCGCCUCUCAGAAAGCCUCCGAACUUUCUGGAA